AUGCAUUCAGUCACCUCCAAACGAUGCUUAAUGAAGUUGAAUGCAUGGCGCAUCCCUCAGGGAUUGAUCAACUUUAUUCUUUAUUUGUCCUUUAUUAUUACUAUAACUUUUUCAGAUGCUUAUGCCAAGAACGAAAUGAACGCGACGUGGUUUACUAUUGGUCCGAUACGCUACAAUCCCGAAAUUGGAUUACUUGAAUAUCACAUCACAUCUCUGGAACAUAGCUAUUGUAACGGAGUUUUCCACUAUACGAUAACCUCGAACUCAUCCAGCAUCGGCGACUUUAGUUGUCUUAUUGGCAUUGUAAACUUGAAGAGAGCGAUUGGUUAUCACUUAGUGCAGAGUUAUAUUCCCACAGCUUUGAUUUUGAUUGUAGCAUUAUCCUGGGUUUCAUUCUGGAUUGAUCGACGAGCAGUACCAGCUAGAGUAUCGCUGUCAUUCACCACGUUACUCACUCUCAGUACACAGGGUAAUGGUAUAAGAUAUGCUCUUCCUCCAGUGUCGUAUGCUAAGGCCAUCGAUUACUUCUACGUGGUGUGCAUGCUGUUCAUCUUCGGUGUUUUGCAAGAAUUAGCUAUGGUAAAUAGUUACAUGCGACGUGCCAAUAAGUACAAUCAUAUGGCCGAAAAAUUACAGAACGGUUAUGCCCACAAAUAUGCCCUCGCGGCGACUGAUUAUGAGACAGACUACGAGGAGGGUUCACUGUCAGAGAAAUGCUACAAGCGUAUCAAUAAAAAUUCAACGAGUCUAAUGUGUAAAGUGUUACUAUACUCUCGAAAGGCACUGGCGAUUGACAAAACGGCCCAAUUGUUUAUUGCUUGUCACAUACGAGCAGUAAAACCGUCAAUGUAG